AUGGUUCAGUUCCCUGUGAAUCAGCUUGAGAGAUUUAUUUAUACAUGUGGUGGAACUUUAAAAGGACUCAAUGGAACUAUAGAAAGUCCAGGCUUCCCAUAUGGAUAUCCAAAUGGUGCAAACUGUACAUGGGUAAUAAUUGCAGAAGAAAGAAACAGAAUACAGAUAGUAUUUCAGUCUUUUGCUCUAGAAGAAGAAUAUGACUAUUUAUCAUUAUAUGAUGGGCAUCCUCAGCCAACGAACUUCAGGACAAGGUUAACAGGAUUUCAUCUUCCUCCACCUGUGACCUCCACAAAAUCUGUAUUUGCGUUACGAUUAACCAGUGACUUUGCAGUGAGUGCCCAUGGAUUUAAAGUAUAUUAUGAAG